CUGUCCUGUGCUGGGGACAGCAGUCGUGGCAGCAGGCUUCCAAGUUGAUGUGACUGCGUCCUCCCCAGCUCUGCUGCAGUCUCCUUUGUGACAUCACAGAGCCGGGCAUGACAUCAGUCUUUGUACAGUCACGUUGGCAGCCUCCCACAGCACAGAUACGCAGGGCAGCCGCUCUGUACUGGUGGUUACCUCUGGAGCUCCGCUCAAGGUAGCAGCCACUUUGUGUGUUGGGAUUGUUCCUUGGGAGAGAACAGGAUGAAAGUCAGCCUGACUCUCUCCGUGACUGUGGCUCUGUCCAUAGUUUCAUUUCUUGCAAAUGGCCUUGGCCGUUCCACCUUUCUUGGCUGGAUCUGGGACACGGACAAAAAGCUGGUCCUUCCUGAGGAGCAGCUGCCCGUUGACACCCAGUGCCAGGCCUCCAGCUGGCCCUGUUGGCUUGGCCUUUGGCCUUGCCACGGAUGGGGGUACUCCAGGGUCGGUAGAGUCAUCACUGCAGAGGGCCCGAAGCAGCAGCCCCUGGGCACGGAGCAGAAGGCCUCCCAGGGGCCCUUCUGGUCGGGACUUUCACAGUACCCCAUUCAGAUCUGGGAAAGGCUCAGCAAGAUGGUCCUUCCUGAGAAGAAGCAGCCUGUUAUCGCUGCUGAACAGGCUUCAAAUGGGCACUGUUGGCUAGGCCUUUCUUCCUGCCCCAAAUGGCUCCAAUUUGGGGUCAGCAGGGCUGCUGUAACGCAGGGCCCGAAGCAGCAGCCCCUGGGCACGGAGCAGAAGGCCUCCAAGGGGCCCUUCUGGUCGGGACUUUCAACGUACCCAGUGAGGAUCUGGGAAAGGCUCACGAAGAUGGCCCUUCCUGAGAAGCAGCUGCCAGUCGUCCGCGAGCACCAGGACUCCAGCUGGCCGUGUAGACUUGGUCUUUCCCCCUGCCUCACAUGGAUCCACUCCUGGGUCAGCAGGGCUGGCGUAACGCAGGGCCCGAAGCAGCAGCCCUUGCGCCCCGAGCUGAAGGCCCUCAGCUUGCCCUACCCUCUGGGCCUCCUUUGGGACUACGCGGACCAAGUGGGGAUAACCUGGCUCCUUACUUACGGCCUGACAGAUGUCUGCGUUCUCUGCCUGCUGAGGAUUGCCCGCAGCCUCUGGAGAAAAGUAAGAAGACCUCGGGAAAAGGGAACGGGACAAACGGACUCGUCUUCCACGAGAACAGACUGCUCGCAAAGGGACACCAUACAUUAUUACAACCAGCUCUGGCAGUUGAAGACCCAGCUAUUAUUAAUGGAGAGGUACAUAAUGAUCCUCGAGAAGAAGGCCAACUGCCAGCAGUCAAGGAAGAAGGAGUAUUCAGCAAGGAAGCUGAACUGCUCCUCAUCCACUUCCAGCUCCAGUUUGCCACUUCACACAGCGCACCAGCUGCUUCCAUAAGGCACAACCUGGAAAACUUCAAGCAGCUUUAAAACAAAUGAUGUGAUGAACAAAUGAUUGGAAUUUGUCUAUUACAUGCCAUCUUAUGUCAUUCAGACGGAUGUAUAAAUAAAUAAAGUUCUUCAGAUUGCAUAAAAUUUCUGAGGAAAAUGUAUGUCAGGUGUAACUCUCUGCAGGAUUCUACUGCCUGCCAAAUUCUUUCAGCAUAUAUUGAUUUCCUUGUGAGCUUACCACAACCAGACUGAAACACACAAGUACUGCAGCUUAUUAUUCUUCAUCAGUAUUUCUGCUACCAGCUUGAUGCAGCUUGCUGUCUUGUGAAAACUGCAGAUCCACAGUGUUUAUAUACUUUUGUACAGGCGCCUACUUCUACAGCUAACCUACAAAGCAUUCCUUUUUCAGCAGAAAUUCCUAGUCCUGAGCAGGUAUCUGUCAGAUCCCUAACUCUUGCAUGACUUGCUGAGUCACUGUCCAUAAUGUGUGGGUUGGUUUGUUUUUUUUUAAAUCUACGCAUUUCAAAAGCCGAGGAACAGGGAAAUUUUACUGCUGCUGAAAAACAGAAAACUAUCCAGAAGCAUAGUGCCAUGAAAGCAAGGGACCGAGUUUGUUCGUCUAUUUCCUUCUGCUCUCGUUCCCAUUCCGCAAUUCCUGGCACGAACAAAGCGCCGUAAGGUAAACGGAGUGUUUUGCGGGGGAGCGCGGGCGGGCUCGGCCCUUCACUAUCGGGCGCUGACGAGCGCCGCCUGCGGGGCGAGC